CCCUCUGUGGUAGGUUCCUAGGUUGUUUCCUGUUUUCUUCUUCUUCUGAUGUCCAUCCUCUUUGCCUUUCCGGAUGGGGAUUGGACAUUUUGUCUUAAUUUUUGAGGCAGAGUUUCACUCUCCCUGGCUGGUAUCAAACUCAAAGCUGGCCUCCAGCUUUUUGAAUGCUGGAGUUAAAGGCAUGUACCCCUGUGCAUGGCCUGUCUUUUAUUUCGAAGCUCUCUUCCGCUUGGCUUAAUUCAGACUGGAUCAACUGAGAACAUCUGUGACAUUUUUCGCGGUAAGAAACGGGGAAAUCUGGUCUUUAAAGGGGAAGCAUCCUUCCAGCCUCAACUUGCUGUGGUAUUGACGGUGAAGUAGCUGAGGUUCCGGCUAAGAAAGCACAUGCUACCACUGAUUUACACCCUCACUAAACGAAGAAUCUCCUCGCACAUAAUUAUGGGAGAAGUGGCCAUAUCACAAUCACUGGAAGCAUUCUGCUGCCGCCCGCGGGGACAGUGGGGCGCUGGUGGAUGCGCGUGCUCGGGGGUUAUUCCUGAGCGGCCAGGGUGGCCUUGGCAAGGAGACAGAGACACAAGGCUCACAGCGGCGGCCGUGGAUGCCUACAGAAACUUGCCUUCUGACGACACCCAUGGGGAUGUGGACGAACCUGAAGUCAACCGUGCCAUCCAAACCGCCAUAGACCUCACUGCGGGCGCUAUAGGGGGCGCAGCGUGUGUGCUGACCGGGCAGCCCUUCGACACCAUCAAAGUGAAGAUGCAGACAUUCCCCACCCUGUACAAAGGCCUCGUUGACUGCUUCCUAAAGACCUACAACCAAGUGGGUUUCUGGGGCUUAUACAGAGGAACCAGCCCUGCACUGCUAGCCUACGUCGCCCAGAGCUCUAUUCUAUUCAUGUGCUACGGCUUCUGCCAAGAUUUUGUUAGGGAAGUGGCCAGAGUGGACGACAGUGAGGAGCUGAAUGACUUCCAGAAUGCUGCUGCUGGGUCAAUGGCCUCUGCCUUUGCUGCGCUGGCUCUCUGUCCCACUGAGCUCGUGAAGUGCCGGCUGCAGACCAUGUAUGAAAUGAAGAUGUCAGGGAAGAUAAGACACAGCUAUAACACAAUUUGGUCCAUGGUUAAGAGUAUCUUCAUGAAGGAGGGUCCCUUAGGCUUCUAUCGUGGAUUCUUGACCACUCUAACUCAGGAAGUACCUGGCUAUUUCUUCUACUUUGGGGGCUAUGAACUCGGUCGAUCAUUUUUUGCAUCAGGAGGAUCAAAGGAUGAACUAGGCCCUGUCCCUUUGAUGUUAAGUGGAGGCUUUGCUGGGAUCUGUCUCUGGCUUAUCAUAUUCCCAGUGGACUCAAUUAAAUCCAGAAUCCAGGUUCUUUCUAUGUUUGGGAGGCCGGCAGGAUUAAUAGGAACCUUUAUAAGUGUUGUGAGAAGUGAAGGAAUAUUAGCCUUGUAUUCUGGAAUGAAAGCCACUAUAAUUCGAGCCAUUCCUUCCAAUGCUGCUCUGUUUUUGGCCUAUGAAUACAGCAGGAGGGUGAUGAUAGAAAUUGCGGAAGAAUACUGAAGUGUCUUGAUGAACCCUUGUCUGAGCACACAAGUGUGAGAACCACAGCUCCAGAUGUCAAAGAUUUCAAGACCAACGACGAGUUUGAUUGGGGAUUUUGGGUUUGUCUUCCCUUCCUCAAAUUUCAAACUUUGUGGAGAGAUCUUUAUUUAUAUUAUACGGUUUCUUCCCACAAUCCCACUGAAAUGGGAAAAUCACUGCCUUUGCUGGUGGUGGGAUCCACAGGGUGAACCCGAGACCCUAUGUACUUGAUCGCGGUUAUCAGGGCUUCUUCAUAAACCUACAUAUGCAUCUUGAACGGUUAGGUGUUGUGAGUGUGACAUAACUUGGUUCCCUGUUUAGUUGCAAGUAUCACCAACAUCUAGAGUUGAUCAUAUUUCAUAAAUAUAGGCAUUGUUUAAUCUGUUCUAGAUGUGGGUUACAGUUUAAAACUUGUUUAAUUGUGCACCACACUAGGCUGCUAAAGUUUUUAAAGUUUUUUAGGUGACCACCAAAACAUUCCUGUUGAUUUCUGAGAAAAGGAUGCACCUGUGUACUAGCAUGGCUUCCACACUUGAGUAACAUUUCAGAGUAGACAUCCUGGAUUUUCUACUCUAGCCUUAAAUAGUAUGGUUCAUUUUCCAAGUAUAGUUAUAUAUUCUACACUGCUAUGGCGCUGUUAGUUGGGGCCAUGAGAAUCAGGCGUUUGGGAAGCAGUGUGGUCUUUACCUGCACUCAUUUUCUCUCUUUCUUUCAGAGAAGCCAGGCUUUAUAUUGAGGAAGAAGCUAAAGGGACGGGGGUAUACUACUGUGCUUUGAGGAUCCAUGGAGGUGAAGAGAGUUCUAAUUAGCUCCCUGUCUCUAGGUCUCGGCCUGGACAGGAAUUCAGCAUUUUGUUGGUUCACUUAGGGGCUGUUGAUUCACUUUAGAUUACCCAUCAUUCUCUGUACCAUCUCCUGUUCUUCCAGUAAACAGAAAGUAAAGAA